CUUGAACGCAGCGCCGCCGCCUAGUCGUAUCGCGAUAGACACCGUCAGGCCACGGAGCUAACGCUGAGCAACAUGGCGGAAGAGGAGGUGGCCAAGCUGCAGAAGCACCUGGCCCUGCUCAGGCAGGAGUACGUGAAGAUGCAGCAGAAGUUGGCCGACACAGAGCGGCGCUGUGCCAUGCUCGCCGCUCAGGGCUCUGGUCAGGGCUCAUCCAGCCCCGCAGCGGGAGAGUCCUUCAUUAGCCGCCUGCUGGACAUCGUGGCCGACCUUUACCAGCAGGAGCAGUACAGUGAUCUGAAGGUGAAAGUGGCCGGAGAGCAGUUCAAUGCCCAUAAAUUUGUGUUGGCCGCACGCAGCGAGGUCUGGAGUCUGGCGAACAUGGCCUCCACCUCAGAACUGGACCUGACCGAUUGCAAACCUGAAGUUGCCAUGGCAAUGCUGCGCUGGGCCUACACCGACGACUUGGAACUGAGUGAAGACGACGCCUUUCUCAUCGACCUGAUGAAGCUGGCAAACCGCUUCCAGCUGCAGCUGCUCAGAGAGAGGUGUGAAAAAGGCGUCAUGUCCUCAGUUAAUGUCAGGAACUGCAUCCGCUUCUACCAGACAGCCGAGGAGCUAAAUGCCACCACCCUGAUGAAUUACUGCGGGGAGAUUAUCGCCAGUCACUGGGAUGAUUUACGGAAAGAAGAUUUCAGCACCAUGAGUGCCCAGCUCCUGUACAAGAUGAUCAAAUCAAAAACAGAGUUUCCUCUCCACAAAGCCAUCAAAGUUGAGCGAGAAGACGUUGUCUUUUUGUAUCUCAUCGAGAUGGACUCACAGUUACCAGGCAAGCUAAACGAACUAGACAACAAUGGUGACCUGGCACUCGACCUAGCUCUAUCCCGUAAAUUGGAAAGCAUCGCCACCACUCUGGUGAACAACAAAGCUGAUGUGGACAUGGUGGAUCAGAGUGGCUGGAGCCUCCUCCAUAAAGCCAUCCAAAGAGGCGAUGAGUUUGCCUCCAUCUUCCUGAUACGCCACUCGGCUCAGGUCAACGCUGCCACUGUGGGGGCGGUGGAAACCCCACUUCACCUGGUCUGCUCUUUCAGUCCCAAGAAACACUCUGCAGACGUGAUGGGCGGCAUGGCACGGAUCGCCGAGGCGCUGCUGAAGACGGGAGCCAACCCCAACAUGCAGAACAGCAGGGGCCGAACUCCGCUGCAUGAAGCUGUGGCGUCAGGGAACGAGCCAGUGUUCAACCAGCUGCUACAGUGCAAACAGCUGGAUCUGGAACUCAAAGACCAUGAAGGCAGCACGGCUCUGUGGCUCGCACUGCAGUAUAUCACCAUGUCCUCGGACCCCUCGGUCAACCCGUUCGAGGACGACGCACCAGUCGUGAACGGCACGUCGUUUGACGAGAACAGUUUUGCUGCUCAGCUCAUCCAGAGAGGAAGCAACCCCGACGCGCCCGACGCCUCCACAGAAAACUGCCUCUUGCAGAGAGCAGCCCGCUCAGGCAAUGAGGCGGCGGCUCUGUUCCUCGCUACCCACGGGGCAAAGGUCAACCAUGUUAACAAAUGGGGCGAGAGCCCACUUCACACAGCUUGUCGCAGCGGCCUGGCCAGCCUGACAGCCGAGCUCCUCCAGCAAGGCGCCAAUCCCAACCUACAGACCCAGAAGACUCUGCCUGACGACACCAUUGAUGUGGCUCAGCAGACGCCGCUUCACAUGGCCAUUGCUCACAAUCACCCAGACGUGGUUUCGGUCAUUCUGGAGCAAAAAGCCAAUGCACUUCAUGCUACCAACAACUUCCAGAUCAUUCCAGACUUCAGUCUUAAAGACUCCAUGGACCAGACAGUCUUGGGCUUGGCCCUCUGGACAGGUAUGCACACUAUAGCAGCUCAGCUGCUGGGCUCAGGGGCUUCUAUCAAUGAUACCAUGUCCAACGGACAAACUCUGCUUCACAUGGCCAUCCAAAGACAGGACAGCAAGAGUGCCCUCUUCCUUCUUGAGCAUCAAGCGGACAUCAACGUCAGGACCCAGGACGGACAAACAGCACUACAGUUGGCUAUCAGUAACCAGCUGCCCCUGGUGGUGGAUGCCAUUUGCACAAGAGGAGCCGACAUGUCUGUGGUGGAUGACAAGGGAAACCCUCCGUUGUGGCUGGCACUGGAGAAUGGCCUGGAGGAUAUUGCAUCCACACUGGUGCGUCAUGGUUGCGAUGCGACCUGCUGGAGCACGGGGCCGUCCGGCUGCCUGCAGACUCUCCUGCACAGAGCUGUCGACGAGAACAACGAAGUGUGCGCGUGCUUCCUCAUCCGCAGUGGGUGUGAUGUGAACAGUCCCAGACGCCCCGGUCCCAACGGGGAAGGAGACGAAGAAGCCCGAGAUGGACAAACGCCCCUCCACCUGGCGAGCAGCUGGGGGCUGGAGGAGGUGGUGCAGUGCCUUCUAGAGUUUGGAGCUAAUGUUAAUGCACAGGAUGCGGAGGGCAGAGCUCCUGUCCAUGCUGCCAUUAGCAACCAGCACAACGUCAUCAUACAGCUGCUCAUUUCUCACCCAGACAUUCGCCUCAACCUCCGCGACCGUCAAGGAAUGACUCCGUUCGCCUGUGCCAUGACGCACAAAAAUAAUAAAGCAGCGGAGGCUAUCCUCAAGAGGGAGCCGGGCGCUGCUGAACAGGUGGACAACAAAGGGCGUAAUUUCCUCCACGUGGCCGUGCAAAAUUCAGACAUCGAGAGUGUCUUGUUCCUCAUCAGCGUCCAAGCCAACGUCAACUCCAGAGUGCAGGACGCCGCCAAGCUCACCCCUCUCCACCUGGCCGUCCAGGCCGGAUCUGAGAUCAUCGUCCGCAACUUGCUGCUCGCCGGAGCCAAAGUAAAUGAGCUGACUAAACACAGACAGACAGCGCUGCAUUUGGCUGCUCAACAGGAUCUGGCCACAAUUUGCUCAGUGUUGCUGGAGAACGGAGUCGAUUUUGCUGCUGAGGAUGAGAAUGGCAACAAUGCUUUGCAUCUGGCUGUGAUGCAGGGUCGCCUUAACAAUGUCAGAGCCCUUCUCACAGAGUCCAACAUUGAUGCCGAGGCUUUUAAUCUCAGGGGUCAGUCACCAAUGCACGUGCUCGGUCAUUAUGGGAAAGAGAACGCUGCUGCCAUUUUCGAGCUGUUCCUGGAGUGUAUGCCUGAAUAUCCUCUGGACAAACCAGACAACGAAGGGAAUACAGUUCUGCUCCUGGCCUACAUGAAAGGAAAUGCGAACCUGUGCCGUGCCAUCGUGAGGGCAGGGGCUCGACUGGGUGUCAAUAAUAAUCAGGGCAUUAACAUUUUCAACUACCAAGUUGCAACCAAACAGUUGCUUUUCCGCCUUUUAGAUAUGUUGUCCAAAGAGCCCCCUUGGUGUGAUGGAUCUAACUGCUAUGAAUGUGCUGCCAAGUUUGGUGUAACAACACGGAAACAUCACUGCCGCCACUGUGGGCGCCUGUUGUGCCACAAGUGCUCUAUAAAGGAGAUACCCAUCAUCAAGUUUGAUUUGAACAAGCCGGUGAGAGUGUGCGACAUCUGCUUCGACGUACUAACUCUGGGCGGCGUAUCGUAAUGCUUCGGCCGGGAUACGUUCCACCCCUCUGGCUGUGACGACACAAGGCUCUACUCGGCACCAGAAGAAAAGACAUCCGUAGCAGGACAUACUAACAAGAGAUUCCAAGUUAUGGACCAUGAUCUUUAUACUAUUCCAGUCCAUGAACAACUAUACAUGUUCUAGAGGGAUGGUUCAGAUAGAAAGUGAAACAUUGUUUUUUUUUUCUGUUUGUUUCUGUUUAAAUCAAAGUAUCUUGAAGUGGAUCUAAAUGGCUCUCCAGCUCAGUGACGGCUGGACUUCCAUCAGUUUUCAUGCUCAGUGAUGUUUGUGACGAUUGACUCCAAUCGUCACAAUCAGGUAGCUCUCGAACGCCGACAUUUCAAUCCUGUGAGACGAUCUCCUUUUGGAAGGGGUUUUCCUUUUCUCUGUUGGGAUAUAUCCACAUCAGCGGGAUUCACACUAACACACCCAAAGAAAGCGCUACAAAAUCUUUCGUUUGGCUCAUUAAAAAAAAAAAAAAAGGAAGAAGUUGAGGCUGCUGUCAACAAAGAGUAGAAAGACUUGGAAAUAACACUAGAUCAUGAGAUCUACAAGGACUGAAUAAUCUACAUGUUCUGUAAUCAUUUAUGAUUUGCUGUCUGGUUACCCUUAUUCAAUAUUCCCUGGAUAACAGUGUGCAAGUAAAAAGGAUUAAAAGGGAAAACUAUUAUUUUUUUCCAAAAGCUUCACUGGAAGAAAAAAAAGGAUUUUCAGUGAGAAUCACAACUGUAACUUCAAAAUCAUGUGAAAUAAUGACAGGUGAGAAAUGACGCUCUCAUCCAUGCAACUGUUCAAUCGAAUGGAAUAGGCCAAAUGAAAUGCAGUGCUUGGUUCUGACUGUGGCAAGUUUGAUGACUUCAGAGAAGAAGGAACAUAAAUGUAGUCCCGAAAACAAAAACAGAUUU